AUGGAGCGGCAGACACAAGCUUUAAACAAGAAACCAAAGCACAAAGAUGAUACAUGCACGAAGAAACCAAUUUUUCAGACAGUUGUACGAAAUUCAAUUAAAGACAAUGUGACAUCAUCAACACUAGUCAAAUCUGUUAAAACAACCCAGAAUGACAAAGUGUCAACUACAUCUAAAAUAAGAGGAAAUGAUGUAAGAACAACAAAAAGUGUGCAACUACGACACAGUUCUUUGAACAGGGAACUUAUUCGAUCAGAUGUGUCAGCUUCAAUAAGCUCCCCACGCAAAACUAGAAGAAUUGAUAAAGUUGACAAGUCAGCAUCAUUGAAUAGCUCUCCAAUACGUAAAGUUCGUCAAUUGGGUAUACCAUCUCAGAAAAUUAGCAAAGCUGCAGUAAGUUCAACAAAGGAAAGCCCAAAAAAGAAAUGCAAACCAAAGGAAUCUUUUAUACCUGAACAAAGUAAUUGGAAUUCAGUUGAUGAUGACAUAACAAUGUACGAACCCCAUACAACAACAACUGAAUUACCUAAAAAUGAUGAUUCUGAUUCAGAAACACAAGUUGAGUCUACUGAAUUAUGUCUCCCAAAUGACUGUUUAAAUGAUUUCAUGGCUAUAGCCGAGUGUGCGAGGCUAAUAAAUGAAAGAUUACCAACAGGUGAUGAGGAUAUUAACUUUUUAGCUGAUAAAGCAGCUAGAGUUAUGACAACAGAGAGGGAGGAUGAGAAGAUUCUUCGGAAGAAUUCUAUAGAUAAAAGGUUAAUGAAAAGGAGGAAGUCUAGCAAUGAUUUGGAAAUGUACCAGCCUACUUCCACUACUGAUGAUUUGGAUGUGCCCUCAGACUUCUUGACGACUGGUGAAAAAUAUGUUCAGCCGGAUUUUGUGACCAUGCUGGAGCAAGAUGGCUAUGUGCGGGACUCUGAAUGUGAAAUAUCAUCCACAUGCACGGAUGCUCAGGGCACUGCCAUAGAGAAUUUAGAAGCAUUGUCAGCACGCAGUCCAAGUACUGGCUUUUUGGCUGAGAUUAGCCAGAGCUUGGUAGCAGAGGCUGCUGGAUGGAGUGCUUCUGAGAUUGUGCCUAAUGAUUCUGCAAUGGUCUGCCAUGAUGAACAGAAUGGUACUGAAGUCGAGGCAGAGGGUUUGGAUGUUAUAUCAUCUUGCAACAACCGUGUUGACUGUGAACAAAUAUCAUCAUGGGUGGAUGCAUUUGAUCCUUACCUCUUCAUUAAACAGUUGCCGCCACUAGAAAGCGUAUCUACACGUGCCCUACGGGCACGUUAUCCCGCUCUUCCAUUAAAGACCAGGACUAGUCCAGACUUCAGUCUUGUGUUGGAUCUUGACGAAACACUGGUCCAUUGCUCUUUGCAAGAACUGCCCGAUGCCAGCUUCCACUUUCCAGUGCUCUUCCAAGAUUGCAGAUAUACUGUGUUCGUGCGCACGCGGCCGCACUUCGCGGAGUUCCUGUCGCGCGUGUCGCGGAUGUACGAGGUGAUCCUAUUCACGGCCAGCAAGCGUGUGUACGCGGACCGCCUGCUCAACCUGCUGGACCCCUCGCGCCGCUGGAUCAAGUACAGAUUGUUCCGCGAGCACUGCCUGCUAGUGAACGGAAACUACGUGAAGGACCUGUCCAUUUUGGGCCGCGACUUGCGUAAGACCGUCAUCGUCGAUAACAGUCCACAAGCUUUUGGGUACCAACUAGAGAAUGGAAUACCCAUAGACAGUUGGUUUGUGGAUCGCAGUGACAAUGAGCUACUCAAGCUGCUUCCAUUCCUUGAGCACCUCGCUACUAAAGACGAUGUCCGACCAUACAUAAGAGACAAGUACAAACUAUUCAGUUACCUGCCUCCAGACUAA